UAGAUGGCAACACUUUCUAAGCAAAUUUGGCAUCCACACAUGUGGUCAACUUUUCCCUUAAGCAUAACCUGAGAAAAUGGGUGUCAUAAAACGUGUUGUUAAACCAGUUACUCAUAAAGGUAAAAAAGUCUUACAAUCACGAGCACCAAAAAUCAUUGAAGAUCCGAAAAAAACAUUAUUUCUAAAAGGACGUAAAGCUUCACAAUACUUACAAAAUGUUAUGAAAGAUUUAUAUUUAUUAAAAUCACCAGGAUGUAUUAUGCGAAAUAAAAAACAUGAUCUUGUACCAAUGGAAGAUCCGACGCUGUUAGAAAUUUUAACAAAACGUAACGAUUGUAGUUUAUUUAUGUUUGGUUCACAUACGAAAAAACGACCGAAUAAUUUAAUUAUUGGAUGUACGUACGAUGAACAUAUUUUGGAUAUGUUUGAAUUUGAAGUGACAAAUUUUAAAAGUUUAGCUGAAUUUAAAAAUGAAAAGGUAACACAAGGUAUUAAACCAUGCUUAAUAUUUUCUGGACCAAUCUGGGAACAAUCACCACAAUUCACACGUAUUAAAUCGUUAUUAAUCGAUUGUUUUCAACGUGAACAAGUCGAAGCAAUUCGUUUACAAGGUUUAGAACAUGUUAUAAACUUUAUCGUCACUCCAGAUAAUAAAAUUCUAUUUCGAUCAUAUCGAAUACAAUUAAAGAAAUCUGGUUGUAAAACACCGCGUGUGGAAUUAGAAGAAAUUGGUCCAGCAUUUGAUUUAACAUUAAGGCGUACAAAAGAAGCAUCGGAUGAUUUGUUUAAACGAUCACUUAAACAACCGAGAGAAUUGAAAACGACUGUCAAGAAAAAUGUAUCACGUGAUAAAUUGGGUUCAACACAUGGUCGUGUCCAUUUGGGUAAACAGAAUAUACAGAAAAUACAAACACGAAAAAUGAAAGGUUUGAAAAAAUCGUCUAAGAAAAAUAAGAAAGUUGUAAAAAAAGUUUAAUAAGUUUAUUUAAUA